CGAGCGCGGGACCAGGACCUUCAUCCUCCAAGUCCAGGCGAGCGGAACGAGGCUGCUGGGUCCCCAGGGCGAGAAUCACGUCCGGACGGCCUGGCCACAGGCCCUCCCGCUGCCGCAGCUCCGGCCCUCCUGGCGGUGUCUCAGCCUCUGAACGGAUUCGGCGGGCCCUGUCGCCUUCCACGCGAGCCAGGUCUCACGGCCGGCGAGGAGCCCAGGAAGCAGCGGCGCGCGGCGCUGGGGCGGGGCCCACGGCUGAGCCGGCCCAGAAGAGGCGGGACUUGGACUUGGGCUCGGGAGGCGGAGCCAGGCGGUGAAAGGCGGGGCCUCCGGGGAGCAGGGCCCCAGGCCGAAGAGCACGGCCGAGCCUCGAAGAUGACACAGGCGUCCAGGAGCCGCGGGGCCCGCCGGCCGCCCUCGCCCGGCCGCAUAGCCGUGGUGGUGGAUCACGGCUCGGGCUUCACCAAGGCGGGCUUCGCGGGCGAGGGCCACCCGCGCGUCGUGCUCAAGAGCUCCAGCCUGGUGCCCAGCUGGGACCGGCCGGUGCGCCCUGGCGCGCCGGGCUGCGAGCUGGCCGGCGGGGUGGCGCGCGCGCACCCCAUCAAGCACGGCGUGGUCGUGGACUGGGAGGCGCUGGAGGGGCUGUGGGAGCGCCUGCUGGUGGGCAGACUGCGCGUGUGCCCCGAGCAGUGGCCCGUGCUGGUGAGCGAGUCGCCGUCGGCGCCGCCCGCGGGCCGCGAGAGGGCGGCCGAGCUGCUGUUCGAGGCCCUGGCGGUGCCCGCGUGCCACGUGGCCAGCACGGCGCUGCUGGCGCUCUGCUCGGCCGGCGCGCUCAGCGGGCUGGCGGUGGAGGCGGGCGCGGGCGUGUGCCACGCCACGCCCAUCUACGCGGGCCACUCGUGGCACGAGGCCACCUUCCGGCUGGACGUGGCGGGCAGCACGCUGUCGCGCUACCUGCGGGACAUGCUGGUGGCGGCCAGCCCCAACCUGCAGCCGGGGGCGCUGCCCCGCAAGGCGGUCACACAGCUCAAGAAGCGCUGCUGCUACGUGUCGCUGGACUUCGAGGCUGACCUCCGGGACCCGGGCCGCCAGUGGCCGGCCAGCGUCUGCGUGGGCGACGGGCGCUCCCUCAGCCUGGGCAGCGAGCGCUUCCGCUGCCCCGAGCCCAUCUUCCAGCCAUGCCUGCUGGGCCAGACGGCGCCGGGGCUGCCCACGCUGACCUUCCGGGCCCUGCAGAAGGUGCCGGCCACGCUGCGCACGCAGCUGGCCCGCACGGUGGUCCUGGCUGGCGGCUCCACGCUGUUCCCUGGCUUCCCCGAGCGCCUGGACGCGGAGCUGGAGGCGCAGUGCCGGCGACACGGCUACGCAGCCCUGAGGCCCCGCCUGGUGGCCAGGCCUGGCCGGGGCACCGCGGUGUGGACAGGCGGCUCCAUGGUGGCCUCCCUGCACUCGUUCCGACGCCGCUGGAUGACCCGGGCCAUGUACCAGGAGUGUGGCCCCAGGCUGGUGCACGAAGUCUUUGACUGAGUCUGGACUGGAGGGGGUGCUGCAGGCGCUGGGCCGGGCGGGUGCCGCAGCGCCUCACCCCUGGAGCACCCGAUAAAAGAAUGGGCAAGC